AGAAAUUGCCAAAACAGAAUUUAGAUAAGGCCUUUGAAAAGGACCCUGCUCUAGAAACAUCCUAUCGAAAUUUGAAAAAACAAGUUGAGGAAAUUUUGACUGAAGCUGAAAAUGCGGCAAAUAUAUUAAAAGCAAGGGAUGACGAAAAGGAAGAAAUAACUCAAAAACAAGAGAUUAUUCGGAUGCCGGAACCACAUUCAUUUUCUCGAUCAUCAGCCGAAGCCAACAUUGAUACUUCUAAUCAACCCUCAAAAAUACCGAUCUCACCUUCAACGACUCAAGGGUUGUCACCCUCACCGGUUUAUAUAGUAGGAAAUAAUAUGAUUGGUAACAUAACAUCAACAUCGAAUUCAAAUAUAACCUCUAUGGUACCUAUCAAUGAAACGUCAAAGAACUUAAAAAACAAUGGAUUCAAUCCAGAUUCCAUGAAGAAUUUGAAGAAUUAUAAUAAUAAUGACAAAUCAAAUGAUUUAAAAUUUCAUAAUAAUACGAUUCAAGCUUCAGAGUUACAAAAAUAUUUAAAUAUGAAAGAAGAUUCCCCAAAAAUUUUAGUUUUGGAUGUUAGACUAAGAACAGAAUUUGAAAAAGAUAUUGAGAAUAAAUUAAUUUUCUCUCCUAAACACGAAAAGGAACUUUUCGAUGAUCGACAUAAGUUUGAUUUGGUUGUGUACCAUAAUCAGGAUUCAUCUUAUGUUACAGAAUCUAAAUCAGCAAUAAAUAAAUCAAUUAUUUCGCAUUCUUCUUCGAUCUAUAAUAGUAAUGAUACUAUGCAAUAUUUGUAUAAAGCAAUUUUUGAUACAGAAUUUACGAAGCGAUUAAAACGAAGUCCAGUAUUAUUAAAUGGAGGAUUUAACGCUUGGUAUCGUUUGACAGGUGAAGCAGGAAUUGAACGUAAUACAGAUAAUACUACAAAAAAUAUUACACAAAAUAUUAUACAAAUUAAUCAAAAUGAACGGGAAAAUAAUAAUAAUCUGAGGAGUGAUGAAAAUGACCGGAGAAUUCUGUCGUCCUCUCCGAAAGAAAUUAUAGAUUCUUAUGAUGUUAAUAAUUUUGGUAGUUAUAUCAAAAGCUAUAUGGACUUUUAUUCGCAACCUAAAUUUACUAUUCCUCCACCAAAUAAGCCAUUACCUUCACCUACGUCGACAACUUCGCAGACAAAUACUAGUAAAAGUUCAAAUUCAUCUAAAUCAGAAACUUCGUUAAAACGUCGUAAAACUAUAUUUGAUCAUCCUUAUUAUAGUUUUAUACCUAAUAACGAUACUCAAAUUCUCAUGCCAAAUCGACCUUCACCCAUGGAACAAAAUCAUCAUCGUCUCCCAACUUCAGAAAGUAGCUUCUCUCAAUUGGGAUCUGGAAUUGGAACUACUGGUUUAAAGAAUUUAGGAAAUACUUGUUUUAUGAAUUCCAUUAUUCAAUGUUUAAGUGGUACAGUUCCAUUUGCUAGAUACUUUUUGGAUGGUAGUUACAAACGACAUAUAAAUAAAGUCAAUCCUUUAGGUUCUAAAGGUGUAUUGGUUGAAGCAUUCGCAGAAUUAAUUCGAGUAAUGUGGGAUGAUAAAUAUACUUUUGUUUCACCAAUAUUAUUUAAAGAGGCUAUUGGUCGUUUUGCACCACAAUUUUCGGGAUCAGAUCAACAUGAUUCACAGGAAUUUCUUGAAUUUUUGUUAGAUGGUUUACAUGAAGAUUUAAACGUAAAACAGAAAAUUAAAGAGUUAACACCAACUGAAGAAAAACAAAUGGAAAGUUUACAUACUGGAAUAGUAUCAGAAAUAAUGUGGGAAAGAUAUUUGAGAAAGAAUAAUUCUGUAAUUGUUAGUUUAUUUCAAGGUCAAUUCCGUAAUCAAUUGAUAUGCUCUUCUUGUAAGAACACAUCUACAACAUACAGUGAAUUUAUGUAUUUAUCAUUGCCUAUUCCAAAAGAACGUAAAGGUGAACAAGUUAAUUUAGAAAUGUGCUUGAAAAAUUUCGUCAAAGAAGAGAUUUUAGAUGGAGAUAAUUCAUGGUAUUGUUCCAGAUGUGAAUGCCAUAGACAAGCCACCAAACAACUUACAAUUUCACGAUUACCGGAUGUUUUAUUGAUACAUCUUAAAAGAUUUUCAUUCAAUGGACCAUUCAGAGAUAAAUUAGAUACAUAUGUCGAUUUUCCUAUAAGGAAUUUAGAUUUAACAGAAUAUAUGCCAUAUGAAAUAACACAAAAAACGAAGAAUAAUAUUCCGGGAAUAGGAGGAUUAAAUAAUUUUAAUAACCUUCAACAAACAGGUCCUUAUGAUUUAUAUGCAGUUUCAAAUCAUUAUGGUAGCUUAAAUGGAGGACAUUAUACAGCUUGUGUACGAAAUGGAUAUAGACAAGAAUGGCACAAUUUUGAUGAUAGUCGUGUUUCUGUGUGUGAUAUAAAAAAUGUUAAGAGUCGCGCUGCAUAUAAUUUAUUUUAUGUACGGAAAAGCAUUAAAUAA